UCCGGCUCGCAGGGGGUGGAGGAGUGUUGUUAACCGGGACGCCUCCGCAGUUGCGGGGAUUGAGCGGGCUUGCGGCGUUGGGCUCCUGGUUUCCAGGCCAGGGCCAUGUUCCGCACCGCAGUGAUGAUGGCCGCCAGCCUGGCGCUGACUGGGGCAGUGGUGGCUCAUGCUUACUACCUCAAGCACCAGUUCUACCCCACAGUGGUGUACCUGACCAAGUCCAGCCCCAGCAUGGCAGUCCUGUACAUCCAGGCCUUUGUUCUUGUCUUCCUCUUGGGCAAGGUGAUGGGCAAGGUGUUCUUUGGACAGUUGAGGGCAGCAGAGAUGGAGCACCUUCUAGAACGUUCCUGGUAUGCUGUCACUGAGACUUGUCUGGCCUUCACUGUCUUUCGGGACGAUUUCAGCCCUCGCUUUGUUGCACUCUUCACUCUCCUUCUCUUCCUCAAGUGUUUUCACUGGCUGGCUGAAGACCGUGUAGACUUUGACCCCUCUUCUGCUCUGCCUCAGAUGGAACGCAGCCCCAAUAUCUCCUGGCUCUUUCACUGCCGCAUUAUCUCCCUUAUGUUCCUCCUGGGUAUCCUGGACUUCCUCUUCGUCAGCCAUGCCUAUCACAGCGUCCUGACCCGUGGGGCCUCUGUGCAGCUGGUGUUUGGCUUUGAGUAUGCCAUCCUGAUGACCAUGGUGCUCACCAUCUUCAUCAAGUACGUGCUGCACUCUGUAGACCUCCAGAGCGAAAACCCCUGGGACAACAAAGCUGUGUACAUGCUCUACACAGAGCUGUUCACAGGCUUCAUCAAGGUGCUGCUGUACAUGGCUUUCAUGACCAUCAUGAUCAAGGUGCACACCUUCCCCCUAUUUGCCAUCCGGCCCAUGUACCUGGCCAUGAGGCAGUUCAAGAAAGCUGUGACAGACGCCAUCAUGUCUCGCCGUGCUAUCCGCAACAUGAACACACUGUAUCCAGACGCCACCCCAGAGGAGCUCCAGGCCAUGGACAAUGUAUGCAUCAUCUGUCGAGAAGAGAUGGUGACCGGGGCCAAGAGACUGCCAUGCAACCACAUUUUCCAUACCAGCUGCCUGCGCUCCUGGUUCCAGCGGCAGCAGACCUGCCCCACCUGCCGUAUGGAUGUCCUUCGUGCGUCACUGCCAACCCAGUCACCGCCACCCCCUGAGCCUGCAGAUCAGGGGCCACCACCUGCUGCCCACCCCCCACCGCUCCUGCCCCAGCCUCCCAACUUCCCCCAGGGCCUCCUGCCUCCCUUUCCUCCAGGCAUGUUCCCGCUGUGGCCCCCCAUGGGCCCCUUUCCACCAGUCCCACCUCCCCCCAGCUCAGGAGAGGCUGCGGCCCCUCCAUCCACCAGUGCAGCAGCCCUUUCUCGGCCCAGUGGAGCAGCCGCAACCACAGCCGCUUCUGCAGCCUCUGCCCAGGCACCUGGCUCUGCUCCGACCUCCGAGGCUGCCCCCACCCCAGGCUUCCCCUUCCCUCCUCCCUGGAUGGGCAUGCCACUGCCACCACCCUUUGCCUUCCCACCGAUGCCUGUGCCGCCUGCUGGCUUUGCUGGGCUGACCCCGGAAGAGCUGCGGGCUCUGGAAGGUCACGAGCGGCAGCACUUGGAGGCUCGGCUGCAGAGCCUGCGCAACAUCCACACGCUGCUGGACGCUGCCAUGCUGCAGAUCAACCAGUACCUCACUGUGCUCGCCUCCUUGGGGCCUCCCCGGCCUGCCACCUCAGUCAGCCCCACUGAGGAGGCUGCCCCUACAGUGGUCGCUGCUGCCUCUUCUAUCAGCACCCCCAGCUCUGAGGCCACCGCCCCAUCCCCAGGACCUUCCCCACCAGCCCCUGAAUCUGAAAAGCCUCCAGCUCCCGAGUCGGUGGGCGCCGGCGCCGAGGAGCUGCCUGAGGAUGGGGAGCCUGACGCAGCAGAGCUCCGCCGCCGCCGUCUACAAAAGUUGGAGUCACCGGUUGCCCACUGACAGUGUCCCAGUCCUGGCCCCUGCUCCCACUCUCAGCAGCCCUGCUGGAACAUGUCCUGCCACCAAGUGCCAGCUCCCUCUCUGUCUGUACCAGGGAGUAGUACCCCCAGCUCUGAGACGGAGCAGGUGGCAUCCCCUAGGCCAAGUGGAAAGAGGCCUAAGGCCCCAGCUGACUCUCUAGCCCUUCUGGUCCUGGGCAGCCAUGGGGGUUGUGGGUCAGUUUCACCCUUCUUCCCCGGCCCUGUGGCCCCAUGUUCUGCUGGGGCAUGAAGGCAGAACAGCACAGCCUCCGAAAGCCCACUGUCCCUGCACCCCUUUCUGGGAGGGGGCAGCCCCUCCAAGCCCCGCUUGUGUGUCUGGAGCCAUGCUGCAGGGCUGAACAGUAUUAGCUCCCAUUCCCAAGUGUGGGCUCAAGGGGUGGGGCCAGGCCGGGAACGUGCUCCCUGGCUCACCAACCAAGACUGGUACCAAUGUCCCUUUCUUACCCUAAACUCCCUGGAAGCUCUUCUGUGGUGGUGGCGGCCGUGUCCCUUAUACUGCGUGACAUUUCCAUGUCUUACUGUCAACCACACAACUCAGGGAAAGGAGUGCCUGGGGGCAGAGAAGCAAGAGGGCAGCACCGAGGGACACUGCCCCCCUCACCCCCUGCCCCAAGGCCUCUCUCCCUAUAGCUGGUCUGAAGUGAGGCUGCCCCGGUCUCAGCCAGCAGCCACUGCCCAGCCUCCCUCCAGGCCGAGGGCUUGUGUGUCUGCUCCAGAGCCUACUUCUCAACGUACAGAACUUCUUUUGAGUUCAGAAGAAUUGGAAUACCUUCUUUGCUAUUUCCUUCAGCUCAAAUCUUGUCUUUGAAUUUGAAUGCUUGACCCCGGAAACAGAAAGGCCAGGCUCCGGGUCUUUCCAGUUCAGAACAGGCUCUGGGCCGGGUAGUGCUCCGCGGGAGCCAAGGCCUGCCCGGCCCUGUCUUCUUCCCCUUGGUUUUGUGUUACAUGAGUUGCUGGAGAGUUUCAGAUGAUUAUUUAAUUUGUAAAUACUGUACAAAUUUUAAUAGCUUGAAUUGUAUAUACAGCCAAAUAAAAACUCGCAUUAACAAUUGGUA